AACUGCUUGACAGAGUUACAUUAUCCGUAGUAAAAAAGGAACUUCCGGAUUUUAUAAUCAUAAUUUUUUAAAAAAAUUUUCUGGGUACACCUUUAAUUAGAACUUGAUACUCGUAAAAAUGAUUUUAACUCUGUUCAUUGUUUUGGCAGCUCAAUUUUUUGGCGUUAAGGGUGCCUUAGAAAUCGUGAUAGAAGAUAUAGUUUGUCCAUUUUUUAGUAAAGAGUAUCUAACCGAGCCAGAUGUUUAUGUAAAUGCUGAUAACCAAGUGUUUCUUAACUUCUCGAUAGUUAAAUCAUUUCCAACGGAAACUCAAUCCUAUUUUCAAUUACUUGGUGCAUCAAUGGGCGAAUAUGUCAUACAUACUGGAUUAGAACUACAAAUGAGCUUAUGUGAAAUGUUAGAUGAACCUAUUAUAGUGGGUCCUAUUUUACAAAUAGUUGGAUUUGACAAGCCUAAUUGUCCAUCACCUCCUGGUGUUUAUGGAAACGAAAACAUUGAAAUACCAAUGGAACUUAUGCCAGAUGAAGUUAUACCUAAUAAAUAUCUAAUUUCCUGGGAACUUACAUAUAAAGAAGAGAAAUUAUUAGUUAUUAUGAUAUAUAUUCAUGUUCACUAAAAAUGGAAAGAACUACAAUACAAACGAUUCUUAUCAUUAUUCGUUUAAAUGUUAUGCCUUAAAAAAUUUAUUGAUUUAUUGAAUAAAAAUCUUCUAUUCAGAGUUAAAA